CGUACGUUGAGGAGAGGUCGCUGUGUCCCGCUAUCUUUUCCCACACGCACAUUACCCGUACCUCAGUGAAUCACUUUAGAAAACUUAAUGGAUUAAUGUGACUGCAUCGGCCCCACUCCCCGUGCAAGCUGGUGAGCGACUCCACACCGUUAUACAAGAAGUAAACAUUGUGCGCGUGUGUAGCGACGAGGUGAAAUUUAAAUACCCCACCUGGAUAGGAGGUACCUGUGUUUUAAGUGUGCGACGGUGGACGAGGUGGAGGGAAGUUGUAGGAGCGUGAAUAAGGCUACGGGCUAGCCAGUGUGGGGGAGCAGCGGAAGCCGUAAAGCAAAUUACACCCCAGGAUCACUUUACGUCUGUUGGGAGACUACGAGAGCAAGGCAGAACCACCCCCCUCUCUCCUCUUGCUCCUUGGUGGAAUUCACAACUAUAUUGAUUAAAGGCUAUUGGUGAUGUGGAGCUUCUGGAGUGGUGAUGGCACGGGGGGGUGAGGUGGUAGUGUGUGUGUGUCAUGUUCCCUCCCUCCCUCCAAUACCCUCACUGGAUUCUGGUCCUCACGUGGCGGCCCAGCGAGUAGGGAAACUGUCGCUACCACACACACACUCGCACACGCCACAGUUGAUGGUGGAUUGAAAGUCUACGAAUUGGUGUAUAUUAACUAGUGUGGUGGUAGUGGUGGUGUGAUUCGUGUUAGAGGAGUGUUGCAAGCGAGUACUAGAUCACGAUUGAGGGUGAAUUGGAUUGAAAGACCACGAUUGAUGGAUAGAAAAGUCCAUGUUUGAUACAGAUUACAAAGUGGUGUGGUGGUGAUGCGCUGUGACCUGUAUUGAGGGGACUGCAGCAGCGAGCAAUCACAGGGACUCGAUUGAUUGCAUCGCCUUCACUAGCCUUUGGGAAGCGGCUAAUUCUGGAUUAUUCUGCCAGGAUUUGAAGUGACACGGAUUAACACUGGCUGGAUUUUCUUUACCUGAAAUUUAAGUGACAUGGAUUAACUCUACCACAACCGAAAACGACUUGGAUUAUUCUACUACUACUACGACGACACAUAAUUAAACUGCUACGACUACAAGGACCAGGUCGUAAACAGAUUCAAGCUAUGGUCUGAGGGCGAGUUAUAACUUGAAGGAGAUCAAGUCAAGGAUGUGUGGUGUGUAGAAAAAAAAAGAUAACAUCGUCUUUAUUUACGUUAAUUAGUCUCGGUGCUAAGGUCGGUGUAGUGAAGCGGCUGACGAGAGGAAAAAAUUUACUGUGUGUCUGUCUGGCGGAGGAGGAAAGUGUGUUUCUUGUGGUAGUGAUCUAACUAGUGAGAAACGUGUUGGCUUAGAGGAUGAGAAACACUUUUGGUGAUCUGUAAUUUUGGGGGUGAAUCUUCCUCAUUAAGCUGAAAUAGUGAGAAACGUUUAGGUGGUCAGUAUGUAUAAACACUUGUGUCUCAGAGUGAAGUGAGAGAGCAACCGUAAGUGUUUGUUUACAUCUGGAACCCUGAAGUGAUUAGGGAUUGUUUUUUUGAUCUGGGGUGAGAAACGUUUUAACACCCACGACGCUGACAUCACCACCGCCAGUAUGUUAAGACUCUGUUCCUCUGUGUGUGGUGAGGCCUAGCAGGAGUCCGUACAGUACUUCUGGAGGAGGGGUCCUUCUCAAGAGCUUACACCCCCUCCUUCCCCACCCACCACCCCCCGGGGAACUCCUGCUUUUACUCCUACCCACCCGCUGCUGCCGCUUCUGCUGGUACUGGUGUUUCUGCUUCCUGAUUACCACAAGAUGCCCAGUUUGGACACCGCCUCAAGCAUGGAAAACACUGUUAAUAAAUAUCUGACUCCAGACGAGCAGCAGCUCCUUCUGGACAUCAGAAGAAAGAAGGCUCAGUUAUUACAAGAGAUACAGACGCUCAAAGAUGAGAUGGCCGAGGUCACAGCGGAGAUGGAGGCGCUGGAUACGGGGGAAGACAGUAAGAAUAAUCCAAAGAGUAAGCAGAUGAGCAUCGGAAGGAAAAAGUUCAACAUGGAUCCUAAGAAAGGAAUAGAGUACCUCAUUGAUCAUGGACUUCUAAAAAAUACUCCUGACGAUAUCGCACAGUUCCUGUAUAAAGGAGAAGGACUUAACAAGACAGCAAUUGGAGACUAUCUUGGUGAACGUAAUGACUUUAAUCAGUCCGUUCUCGAUGCUUUUGUCUGUCUCCAUGAUUUCACUGACCUAAUCCUCGUUCAGGCCCUAAGACAAUUUCUGUGGAGUUUCCGUCUGCCUGGUGAAGCACAAAAGAUUGAUAGAAUGAUGGAACGUUUUGCUCAUCGAUACUGUGAACUUAACCCAUCAAUCUUCCAACACCCUGAUACAUGUUUUGUGCUGUCUUUUGCAAUCAUCAUGUUGAAUACCUCCUUGCACAACCCUGCAGUUAAGGACAAACAAACAAUUGAGCAGUUUAUCACUAUGAACCGUGGCAUUGAUAAUGGAGAUGAUCUUCCCAGAGAACUCUUGGAGAGCUUAUACGAUAGUAUCAAGACAGAACCCUUUAAGAUUCCUGAAGAUGAUGGGAAUGAUCUGAUGCACACAUUCUUCAACCCUGAUCGUGAGGGUUGGCUAAUGAAACAGGGUGGUCGCUACAAAUCCUGGAAGAGGAGAUGGUUUAUCCUCAACGACAACUGUCUCUAUUAUUUUGAGUACACUACCGAUAAGGAACCAAGAGGGAUUAUUCCACUGGAGAAUAUUGAGGUUCGUGAAGUGCAGGAUCGCAAUAAGCCAAAUUGCUUUGAGCUGUAUGCUACGUCGACAGAUUUCAUUAAAGCUUGCAAGACAGACAGCGAAGGGAAAGUUGUAGAAGGAAAACACACUGUAUAUCGUAUGUCUGCAGCAACUCCAGAUGAAAAAGAGGAAUGGAUUAAGUGUAUAAGACAAAGUAUCAGUCACAAUCCAUUCUAUGAUAUGUUGGCGAAGAGAAAGAAGAACAUCCAGAAGAAUAGCAGUCGAUAAUUGUGGAUAAAGGGGCACACUGUGCGUGUGAAUAAUUAGCUCACAAACUAAGUGUGGAAGUGGUUAAUAUCCAAAUAAAUGUAAGAAAUUGUUAUUAUAUAUAAGAAAUGGCAGUGUUUUAGGACACAGAUGCCUUGCACUCUUUAAACAUGAGUGUUUGAUGAAAAGAGAAACAAAACUUGCAGUUGGAUAAGCUGCAUUUCACUGAUAACAUAAACUGAUAUACUGUAUUACAGUUAUGAUCUGUGGAAACUCCUAUCCAGAACUAAUGCAAAGUGAAAGUGUACUGUACUCUUUAGAUGGAAAGAAAUAAUUGUACAGUAUUUGCAUGCCAGUGUGUCCUCCUCUCCUGGAAAAAUAGACAUUGCUUCAUAAUCACUCUUAGCCUUGCUUGGUGAUUUUUGUAAGCUUGUGAAUUUUUUUUUGUACAUAUUUAUGUGAAUAGUAGAAAGACAAAAUUUUAUGGCAUAUAUUAUUUAGAUACUGUAAUUCAGUCUGCAAUGUAUGCCUGUGAUUUACAAAGGUCUUGUGUAUUUGUGUAAAUAUAUUGUACGUAUUUGGCUUGUUGAAGCACUUGUGUAUAAGGUCAUUCUGUUGUGAUUGUCAUUUUUUGUGACUAGUUGAACAUUUCUUAGACACCAAGAGUGAAAGGCAGAAAGCAGAAAAGUCUGUUUGUACCAAAUUGUAUAUAUUUAAGGAAUUUACAGUACAGUAUAUUACCAGAUUAUAAAUGUAAUACAUGUGUGGAUGGUUGCAUGGAUUAUAUAAAAUUUGUGGUACAGUAUUGUAUUUUGAUGCUACCUAAUUGCAGUGCACAUUUAUAUUUUAUGCCAUUUCUCGUGUUCUAUCACGCAUAUGACACAACAUUGCUGAAAUGACCCACGUUCUGCUGUGAUCCGGCUGAUGUAUGAAUGAAACUUGUAACUUACGUUGCUCAUUUCACUUGGUGAAGAGAAGUCUAAAAACAUAAAACCUUUUUCCUAUAUAUUUUAAAUAAUUUCAUUUUUCUUGGGGCCAAAUUACUGUAUAUGAAAAACUAGAUUUCUUUUUAAAUGUUAGUUCAAAAAGUAUUAUACAAGAAAAGCAGCCAAAUUUCUGUAGUUUGCUCACACAAAUUAUAUAUAAUUUGUAUUUUAAUGAAGCCUCUAUAUUAAAUAAUACUCCUAUACCCAUAAUUCAGUGGCAGCCAGGAUUUGUCUAUAUUAUUCUCUGUAAUUGGUUAUAUACUGUAUGCUGUUUAAAGUUUUUGGUCUUGACAUUCUCAUAUCCAAAGCCUGCAGUUAAUAGGAUACAAACUACUGUAUACAUUUUUUUUGUAUCUUCAUGAAUCUAUAUUCCUUUUUGCCCAUUUAUUUAUGUUGUGAUCAAUAAAUCUAGCAUCGAGAAACAUUUCUUAUAUAUGUACAGUACAACCUAAGCCCCUUCCUCACCAGUUUUCCAAAACUCAGUACAGUAUUGUAAUCACUAGCAGAGUGAAGCUACAGGAGAUGCUUAGAUCUCAUGCCAUUCUGUAUAUUUGUGUUUGUUAUACCAUGUACCAUGUUCCGACCCUUUUACGUGCAUGUGCUGUUUUCUUUCAGCUAUACUCAAAAAUAUUCUUAACUCCUAGAGUUUAACUAAUUACUAUGUAUCACUUUGUGUUUUAAAGCUGUGAUGGCUAUCAUUUAAUAUACUUGAGUAUUUAGUUAUACUCUAAUGCUGUGAGACUACCUUUUUACAACUAUGUAGAUGACAACUUUCUUGAGUUUAAAACUGUCAGUGAAACUUUCCAGUUUGUGUGUAAAGGAAUCUUGAACAACAAAGAUGUUAAUUUUACUAGAAUUUUGUUAUUUGUAUAUCUUGUAUUUUAUUUUUUUCUCCUAAAUAUCAUUCAGUAUGUUUAAUGUUAUUUAAUGAUUAAGAAAUAUCCAUAUAUCAUGGAUAAUGGAAGAAUUAAUAUUUAUACAGCUACCAAAGAAAUGUUUACAUGAAUUUUCAUUUCACAUUCUUUAACUGUAACAGUUGGUUUUAGUUUAUCACAAUUUCAUUCAUCUUGCCUAUAGUAUGCUAUUUCUUUUUGCUUUCAAAUUUUGUACAAUAAUAAUUUUUUUUGUGGAUUACAGUAUUCAGGUAAAAUUUGUUUCCCUUUAGUUCAUCUACUUUUAUCCACGUAGUGUUUAUAUUUGAUUAUGUACAGGCUUGUAAGGAUUUUACCCAGUUGUAAAUACUUCUGUAAGUCUUUAUAUUAUUGAAAUUAAUAAAGUGAUGACAUGUU